UCCCAUCCAAAGCAAAUCGAGAGCCCAAACGCGAAUCGUCACUCUUCCCCUCCUCUCCUGCUCGCUAACGUCACCGACGCUCGCCGCCGACCCAUGGAGCCCGCGGAGACGUCGCGCGGCACCAAGCGCCCGCUCGCCGCCGGCGAUGACGACGACGCCGGCCGGGAGCGGAAGCCGCGGUACCCCAAGGGGAAGAAGGCCAAGUACCGGGACCCCGGUGUGGAGGGAGGCGUUGCCGCCGCCGCCGUGGACAUCGACAGCAUGUUGAACCCGGAGCUCGCGGCGGAGCGGCGCGCGCGGCAGCGCCACAGCCACCAGAGGGACGACGUGCAGAGCGGCGCUGCCGACAUCAAGGGCUUCGAAGUCCGCUACGACGAUGGUGUUAACUUUGUUGAUGAUGGUAUUCGGAUAGAACCUUUUAACCUGGAGCGGGAGAGGGAAGAAGGUUAUUUCGAUGAGAAUGGGAAUUUCGUGGAGUACGCAAGAGGCAAUGAGAUUAAGGAUGCCUGGUUGGAUAGUGUGGAAGUUGACCCAAAGUAUGCUGCAAAUGUUCCGAACAAAGUCAAAGAAAAAGUAGAGGAGUUUGAAGAUCUUUCAUCUGAUGAUAUUGGAAGGAUAAAAAGGCAGAUAGCAAACAUGCUUGAACCGGGUGAAACAAUAAUACAAGCUUUGAAAAGGUUGAAGAAUACAUCCACAGAUAAACGUGGAAAGAUGACUGAGGGGGCUAAGCGAAUAUUUGAUGAGUUGACAGAAGCUGCCAUGAAGCUAAUGGAGAACGGCGAAUACAAUGUUUAUUCAGAUGAUCGCGAGACGUUCGAACGUGAGGCUGCGGGGUAUGAACGUCUGGCGUGCGCUCGACUUGGUUUGCCAGAAGUUGAAGAAGAUAUCUAUGCUGACACUGCAGAAGAUAACCAGACAACCUCGUCCUUACUUGAAAUGGGCACUGGUCCUUCAGCUGCCAAUACAUCUACUACCACUGCUGCAUUUAAUGAUGAUGACAAUAACUUUGACAUGUUUGGUGAUGAUGACAAUGAGGAUGUCAAUCGUAGUUCUGAUGCCAAUAGUGUAGAUUCAGGUUUGAAUCCUGGGCCAGUCCCUCAAGAUGCUUCAGGAACCUCAGGUGCAGACAAAGCUAACAAUGGAAGUGUGGACUCGGAUUAUAUCUAUGAUCCAUCUUCAGGUUACUACUAUAGCAGUAGCACAGGCUAUUAUUAUGAUCCAAACUCAGGAUGCUAUUGCUCUGCAUCUACAGGAACCUGGUACAUGUACGACGAACAAACUGGAACAUACAAUGAAAUACAGGAUGAACAAGCUGGCACGCAGAAAGAACUGGGAGACGCCAUCAAGGAGUAGCCGAGUCAUAACUGUUCGCUCUCAUUUACCGGAGCGAGGUAGUUCACACCCCCAGUUACCUUCAAGGCGAGAGGUAGCUUCAGCUUUGGACUGCAACUCAUGGAACAAAGAGAGAGGUCAUACUGUAGGAUGUAAGAUAAGGUGACCCACCCACAGUUGCAUUGUUUACCGCUUGUGACAGCGGCUUGUUUUACAUUUACUCUUGUUUUUUUGUUGUUGUAAAAAUCCGUGGCACGAAGGAAUACAUAGCAACAUCGACCAUUGAUUUACCUUGGA